AUGCCGAGAAUCCAGCAGCCCGCCAAGAUCAAUGUCGAUCUGGGCGAAGCUUUUGGAAACUGGAAGAUGGGGCCUGACGAUGAGCUCCUGCCUCUGAUUGAUCAUGCCAAUGUUGCAUGCGGCUUCCAUGGUGACCCGGUCACGAUGAUGGAGACUAUUCGCAAAGCUAAAAAGUACGGUGUCAAGGUUGGCGCCCAUCCUGGCCUCCCUGACUUGGUCGGAUUCGGACGGCGUGUCAUGAAUAUCACGCCAGAUGAGGCCUAUGCGAUUACCGUCUACCAGGUGAACGCCCUAAAAGGUUUCCUGGAGGCCGAAGGCAUGACACUUCAUCAUGUGAAGCCUCAUGGAGUUUUCUACGGCAUGAUGAUGAAGGAUUACGACAUCGCUCUCGCCGUGUGCCGAGCUAUACCUAAAGGCGUCCCAAUCUUCCUGCAUACUGAUACCCUAACUGAAAAGGCAGCAAAAGAACUGGGUGUUCCGUAUAUUGCCGAGACAUGUGUUGAUAUCAGAUACGGCAACGGUGGCAUUCCGGUGGUCAACAGGAGAAUGAGCCCAUGGAAAAAGGAGGAAAUUCAAUACAACAUCAACAACGUAAUGGAGAACUGCCAGGUGGACACUGUAGAGGGCGGUAAGUAUGACUUCCCUCUGGCCAACCACGAGGUCACUAUCUGUGCGCACUCGGAUACACCUGGUGCCCUGGAAGUUGUCAAGGCUAUGCGAGAGUCAGUGGAUGAAUUUAAUGCCAAGUACUUCCCCGAUUUUAAGCGAAAUAGCUCUAUCUAG